AUGGCACGCCGCCAAAUGUACGUGUUCGGAUGUGCAGGUGAUGGGCAAUUGGGUUUUCGGCCAAAUUCUACCGAAAAUGAUGAUCAAAUGAUACUUUUUCCGCAAUUGGUAUAUGGUGCACCUACCGGAGAGCAUGGUGUUACUGUGAAAGCUGUUGCUAGCGGUGAAAAGCAUACGCUAUUUUUGGCUGAUGAUGGAAAAGUAUGGUCAUGUGGUAGUAAUUAUAAUGGCGAACUUGGUCGAGGAGGUGUCAACAAAGGCUCAUGUACUAUAUAUCCAGUGCAUAUGUCAAGUACCGUUAGCAUCAUCCAAAUAUCAGCUGGUCGAAGUCACAGUAUGGCAGUUUCAGAUGAUGGCCGGUUGUUUGCAUGGGGUAGUAACAGUCAUGGACAACUUGCAAUGUCUUGUGAUAUUCUUAUUUCUGAUACUCCCAAACGUGUGCCAUCAUUGCCAGAAACAGUACAAGUAACUUGUGGAGCAUCUCAUACAGUUUCCUUAAAUGGAGGUGGUCGAGUAUUUAUUUGGGGACAACAACCCGAUGGGCGAAUACGACAUUCCCCUGCAGAAGUUGAAAUAUUCGUUUCUGUACCUAUAAUUCAGAUUAGUGCGGGAAAUUUGUUCACAAUGGCUUUAACGGCGAGUGGAACAUUAUAUGCUUGGGGAAAGAACGAAGAGGGACAACUUGGAGAUUUUACAAACAAAGAUGUCAGUAAUCCAUGUGAAGUACCAAAUAUUAAUUCAGUCGUGGCAGUUGAGUGUGGUGACAGCCAUUCUGUUGCACUCACUCAUGAAGGACGUGUAUUUUCAUGCGGCAGCGAUUCGUUUGGACAGCUGGGCUGUGGUCAGCCAAGUAGAUCACACAACUGUAUGAGAGGUAUCACCGAAAUGCUUGGAAGCCAUGUAACGAGAAUUGCUUGUGGAAGGUGUCACACAAUGGUUGUGGCAAAUGGAAAAAUGCAUACGUUUGGAUUGAAUAGCAAUGGACAACUGGGUCAUGGAAAUACACGAAAUCAAAUUACACCACGUACGAUUAAUUCAGUUAGGAAUGUGGCAUCAGUAUUCGCGGGUUGGGAUCAAAGUUUCUGCUUGCAGAUUCAUGCAAAACAUGCAUAUGAAGUGCUUUCUGGACCAAGCAGCUACCUUCAAAGACCGAAGUAUUUGUCACUGCAACGUGUUCGUGAUUUGUUUGCAGUUGGUGACAAAUUAACUAUUAUUGGAGAAUUAGAAUCUGUAUUUUCGUCUUUAUCUUCUAUAAAUGCCUCAUUUCUUUACGAAAAUGAAAAAAGAUAUCGAUGUAGUGCUUCGAACAACUGUUUGGAUUUGGAUCAUGUCGUGCAGGCAUCUAGUAUUAUUUCGGAAAAUACAGAUGCAGAUCAGUAUGCAGAAAUAAUGCUAACAAGUCUAGAUGCAGCAGGAAUGUGGGAACUGUCGUGGGAAAAAAUAACCUCUUUGGAAUCCCUUCGAGUUUAUCUCAUUUUGCCUUCAUUAUAUUUAUUUUCUUCACCUUCCUAUGCAUCAGUCAGAACACUUCAUUUGCCGUUUGUUCGUGCAAUUCAACUACUGCGCGAAGCAGAUCGGAAAGUACUAGAAAGGUGGUGGUCAUUGUUCGAGCGAAGACAUUUCAAUCGUUUAGUAUCGGCGUUGGUUAAAGCUUUGGAGCAACUUGUAGAGCAUGAGCCGAAUAAUACUUCUGAUGUUAUUCCUUUUUGUUCGAUUCUUUCACAGUUGAAUACUAUCAAUAGAUCCCAGAAGUUGAUCGCUUACGACAAAUUUUAUGUACACAAUUUACAGAAAAAAGUUGAUAUGGCUAACGAUCUUGCUAGAUGGGAAUUUAGUGUAAGUAUUGUUG